AUGUGGACGCUUCCGCUGCCCUGUGGCUCGAUGCCCGAGUCAAAGUUGCGUCUGCGGCCCGUACAGGGAGGCCUAGAUCGCAGCAUGCGGGCCUAUCGCGCUUUCAGCCAGGCGCCCUGGCUUGACAAGAUCCUCGACCUGCAGGAUCUUCUUCUGCAGACCUUCUCUCCUGCAGAACCAUCAGGCAAGAUUUUGCCGGAAGUUGCUAUCAACAGGCAGCAGCAGAUCGAAUCUGAGCAAGCCAUCGCCAGGUUCUCUCAGACGUGCCACGCAACGCGGGUCGCUCCAAGCAGGACUGAGCUGGAGGAGGUUUGGGCCGCCUGUCGGGGCCUUUCUGCCUGCCACGUGGCUGCGUGCCUGGUGGCUGAAAUCACCGGGGCGGAGGACUGGCGACCCAGGUUGCGGAUGCUGCACCUCUUGGAGUUUCUGCAUCGUCAGGGGGGCGCUGCAGCUAUUGUGGCUGACGAAACACUUUCCGAGAUUGAGGAGCUUCUCCGCUUCUUAUCGAAGGAGGUGCCUCAGUGCAGAGCGAUUGCUUGCCACCUUCUUUGCUUCGCCGUCUUCACAGAGCUAGAGGAGGUGCCUCGUGAGCGAUCGUCUUGCCAGCAGGGACCAGAUUGCCGGAAGGCAAUGUCCAGACCAUCAUCCACUGCAUCCUCAGAUACGGAUGUGCCGGCAGACCUGCCAGAAGUGAGGCACCUGGACAGGGGCGACGAGCCGGAGGUGCCAGCUCUGCCGCCUCCCAGGCUGCCAGGAUGCCCGACGUUGAAGGCAACCACCACCACACUGCCGGAGAAGCAUGAGACCAAGGCCUUGGCUCCGUCGGCCUCAUGGGAAGCGAUAUCGCCGGUGCAAGAGGUGCUAUUACCCGAUGAGCUGGAACAUGACUCUGCCAAGGAGGCGCACGACUUGGCAAGCCCUGGCGCCCGCAGCCUUCAGGACAUGGCAGUGCCAGAGGAGCACGUCUCACAGUUGCAGAGGCCCUACCUUUGGCUUGCCGCCGUUGGCGCCGUGCAGAUGGAAUCGGUGAUGGAUCCGUUUGCCGAAUUCGAGUUACCGAGUCGGGUAGUACAAAUUUGA